AUGGAAACGAAAUCCUUUGUGGUGAUGAUCGAUGGAGACAGUUUAGCGAUGGAACUGGCUGGAACACCACCUGCAGCCAAUGGCUACGUGGCCGUUGGUUUUUCGAAGGAUGAGUUUAUGGGUGAUGAUAUGGUUGUAUUCUGUGCAACCUUGAACGGUCAACCCACGGGAGGUCUGGCUUUGAAUGGACAGAAACCGAGCAACACCAUUAUCAGCAACGUUGGCAUACAAAACGUGCUCCGUACCUCUAACACUGGUGGUCUUCUCUAUUGUGCGAUCAAUCAACGAUUGGAUCCUAAUCAAAACAAUCUUCUCAAUCUCAACAACACCUACCAAAUACUAUUAGCAGCAGGACCAACUGAAGGCAACCGGCUAUCAUAUCACCAGUCCAAUCGAUACGUCAUGCCGCGUACGCGAAUGUCAGCAUAUGUGAGAGGAGUGGGUAUGGUGGAGAAUCCACUGUUGGAUGAAGGUGACCGAUCGAAUAAUGACAAGCUGAUGAUUGCUCAUGCUAUCCUUAUGGUUCUUUCAUGGUCAAUAUUCAUCUCCACAGCGAUCCUUUUCGCGCGGCAUAUGAAAGGCCAGUGCCCAAAUUCGGCUAUUUGUGGGCUUCAGCUAUGGUUCCAUUUCCAUCGCACUCUGAACAUUAUCGGUGUCGCUGGCACGAUAGCAGGCUUCGUGGUAGUGUUCGUGGCAAAAGACUGGCGAUGGGUUGGACCAAAGGCGUACCAAUCAUCGGAACUGAAUAACCAAUGGGGACCUGUUCAUGCGAUGCUGGGACUAAUCGCAUGUGUGGUUGCAUGGGCUCAACCGCUCAACGCUGUCUUCAGGAUGUUUAGUGAUCGCGAUGCAGCACUCGGCAUUUACAUCGCAUUCGUAGCCGUAGCCGGCCUCACCUGUAUUGUGAUGGAGUUGUUGACAUUCAAAAAUUGGUGGACUGGACGGCAUCGCGUUUCCGGUGAGAUUGAAAUGGUGCGCGUUGGUGGUACUACUACCGCUACUUAUACCGAUUCUAUUGAAAAGACACAACGCCUCCAGGUGCUCAUUCUGCUGUUCUUCGUUGUCGUGGCGAUUGGCACAGCCGUGGCGAUAUCAGUACUGAUUGGGAAGAAGAAUAUCGCCUAA